GAAACAUUAUGACCAGUCGAGAACAGAAGGCUUCCAAUGGGCAGCCAAGCCAAUCCGCUACAGUGGUACCGGAAGUGGAACUGGUAUCUUCGGGACAGGAGGAGAGGAACUGGCGUGGAAUUGGGAUCGCCCUACUUGUUAUUAUCAUAGUUUGUGCCCUUAUUGUAACAGCUGUUAUCCUGCUCAGCCCAGGUAACGAAGGUCCCAAGGUUAGGAAUCCACGGCUCAACUUACUGGAAGUUGUAUAUGGUAGUUUAACACCGAGAAGGUUUAAUGGAACGUGGAUAUCUGAAAAAGAAUUUAUUUACCGAGAUUCUGAUGGAACCCUUAUUUUAUUCAACGCAGAAACGUUAAAUAAAACAGUCCUCUUGUUAAAUACAACUUUUAGGCUCUACGAUGUUUACAAAUAUAGUUUGUCAGCCGACAGAAAAUACGUAUUGCUUUCUUAUGCUAUUAAAAAGAGAUUUCGAUAUUCGUAUACAGCGAAAUACAAGUACUUUGACAUCCAAAACUACCAAACCUCGCCACUAUUACCAACUGAAGAUAAUGCUGAACUACAAUACGUUGAAUGGGGGCCCACUGGUAGUCAGCUGGUUUAUGUAAGAAACAACGACAUUUUUUAUAUGGCCUAUGUAGGAGAUAUCCCUCCAAAACGUAUAACCAGGAGUGGGGUGGAUAGAGUGAUUUUUAACGGUAUUCCGGACUGGGUUUAUGAAGAGGAAAUACUGGGCAAUACCAACUCCAUCUGGUGGUCAGAAGAUGGUACCAGGCUGUGUUUUGCAUCCUUUGAUGAUAGUCGCGUGCCUGAAGUUCAGUAUCCCUGGUAUGGAGAUUAUAUGGAUGAAAAUAACAUUCAUCAGGGUCUAGUGAAAAUCAGAUAUCCUAAGCCAGGUACGGAAAACCCGUUAGCCACGUUAUGGGUUGUUGACGUCACUUUUACGUCAAGUAUCCCCGCUCCCAGAAGACUUCGUCCUCCAAAAGAAAUACAAGAAAGAGAACACUAUUUUACCCAAGUUAAGUGGAUUGAUAGAAGCCGACUAACAGCCGUCUGGCUACGGAGAUCCCAAAACUUUUCUAUCGUCAGUAUUUGCCACGAAUGGAGCGGAUGGGCGUGUGAAACGAAUUUGGAAGAGACUAGCACCACUGGUUGGGUGGAAAUGUAUGAACACCCUGUUUUUACUGCAGACAGUAAAUACUAUUUUCUUCGACUUCCUGUUAACGAAGGCGACUUUGGAAAAUUCCGCCAUGUUGCCAUGAUAAGUGUUCAAGAUAAAAGAAAGGAAUUCCUAACACAAGGAACUUAUGAUGUCAUCCAGAUUUUAGCCCAUCGCCAGGAUGUCCGUAAACUAUAUUAUAUUAGUACACUAAAGAAUCAUUCAGGAGAGCGCCAUCUUUUCAGUGUGACAGACAUAACCUCGAUAAAUCGUCUGUCGCAAGAAUGUCUCACGUGUGACAUUGAACGGAAUUGCUUGUUCAACAGCGCUACCUUUAGUCCAGGUGCCAAAUUUUACAUUUUGGAUUGUUUGGGACCUGGAGUGCCCAGAGUAGAGCUAAGAGCAGUCGAUGGAAACAGACUAGAGAUGCAUUUUGAAAGUAACACGAUAACGGCUAUCAAAGUCUGGGGAAAAAUAUAUUUACUCAGUCGAGUUAGCUUUCUUUUGUUUCCCGCCAGAUAUCUAAAGAACGAUUUACCUUUUAUUAAUCCUGAAAAGAUCGCCAUCUGGGGUUGGUCGUACGGAGGUUACGCAGCAGCAACGGCCUUAGCAACAGACAACGAUGUUUUCAAGUGUGGCAUAUCCGUCGCUCCCAUUUCCAGUUGGCGAUAUUAUGAUUCCGCUUUUACUGAACGGUACAUGCAGUUUCCGUCACCUGAAGAGAACUACUUGGCCUAUGAAAAGUCCAGUUUACUGAAGAAAGCAGCAAACAUCAAAGGAAAGAAGUUCCUUCUAAUUCAUGGCACAAACGAUGACAAAGUUCACCUUCAGCAAUCCAUGAUUCUAAUGAAAGCUCUUACUGAUGCAGGUGUUCUCUUUCAAACGCAAAUUUAUCCAGAUGAAAGCCACGAUCUGGAACACGUAUCCUUGCAUUUUUAUCAAACAAUGGAAGCUUUCCUGGACCAGUGUUUCGAUAUUCCUCGCAAGGAUAUAGGGCUCCAAAAAACAAGCAAAAAAGUAUUUAUAGGAGGAAGAUAGUGGCCAGUAAAACCUUCACUCCAUUUCUUUAAAAAAUUAUCUAUUUUGUGUUAUUUUUAUUCAUUCCUUUUUCUUUCUUUUUUUUUACGUCUGGUUGAGAAGUAGAUUUUUUGACAUAAAAAUCGAGCUCCAGGGUGGCUAAAUAUCAAUAGGACAUUUCCUGGCAGUAGUUUACAUCUGGUUGACACAGUGUAAAUAGAAACGUAAGAGAGAGAAAGAAAUUGGCCACUUGAAAGAAAGAUAUAUAUAUAUCAUCAUUGGAAUUACUGCUACCAUAGUUCCUGCACUGUCUGAAAACAGAACAAAAAAACAUCAGGGUCCUGUUACAUUAGGGCCAUCUUGUACUUUAAGCCUUAAACUAUAGGGAUUUAUUAGAUAAUACGUUAUGUGAUACCUAUUCUGACAAGGCACUUUGGUAUUCUUGUUUAAGAUAGUUAGUAGGUAUCAGGAUACUGAUGUGCCAAACAGAACUACAGUUAAAACUAUUUAGAACAAAAGAAUAGUUUCUUAUUACUAACAGUAGAAAAAUAGAACCUUCAAUUAUUUCCUCAGUAAUUAUUCAAAUAAGAAUUAACAAUCUUUAAAAAAAAAUACCUUAGCGGGUUUCUUCCAUUGCACUUCUAUCAUUUUGCAAGAAAAUUGUGGUGUUGGUAGUCAAGUAAUGCCCUGUGAACGGGUCACCUCAAGGGGUGAAUUGUAACAUUUAUUUUAAGCGCUCGAAAUGAAUUCCAGUCUCCUCUGAUUUUUCCAUUGCUACUUAUUAGAAUUCCUACACUGUAUCGCUUUUAAAUACAUUUUAGGGUAACUUAAAUGAGACAGCAGUUAUGCAAUACAUGCUGUACUUUACUAAGAUUU